GCAUCAUCCGCCGCGAAUACGAAAGUGUGGAAACAAAACUUCAGUUUGAGGAAAGACUUAGUUGAGUGAGCACUAAACAUGGAUUUUGAUCUAAAAAUUGGUGAUUUAGUAUGGGCAAAAAUGAAGACAUUUUCGCCUUGGCCAGCUCGUAUUGUAGAACCCGGCCCAAAUACACCUACCAAAACAGGAAGAAAAGAAAUGCAAUGGGUCUAUUUUUUUGGUACCAAAAACUAUGCUUGGAUAGAAAAUACAAACAUUAAACCAUAUGCUGAAUUCAAAGAAAAAAACAUUUCUUCUAACAAAGCAAGUAAUACGGCUCCAUUCAAGAAGGCGAUAAAUGAAAUUGAAGAAUUCAGAGCCAAAUUAUUAGAGGAUCCUAAUUAUGAAUUGCCUUUACCUGUUACCAGGACACCAUCAAAAGAGAAAAAUGAUCCCGAUAAAAAAUUCAACAAGCUGAUAUCACCAAAGAAAUCGACAAAGAAGUCACCAAAUACGUUGAAAGUAUCAAAAUCAAUAUUUAAUAAAAAAGGAACAGGGACUGAGGCUGCUCCAGUCAAGAGACAAAAUUCAGAUGCCAGUUCCACAAAAAAUUCGACGCCCUCAGUAAAAAGAUCAAGAGGCUCUCCUCGUUUUAAUGAGAAUGGAAUCAGUGAUGUUGGUACCGAAAUUUUGAAUCGCCCUUCAAUUUUGGAAGCUCCGGAUUCUCCUGCUGUUGACCUGAAUACAUUUUCUGAAUUGCUGAAAACAAAAGACAUCUUAGCUUCAGAUCUUACAUUCGGAUUUAUUGGAUUGGGCACUAUAGGAAUGGGCAUAGUGAAGAAUCUGAUCAAUUCUGGGCAUAAAGUGAAUCUGUACAAUCGGACACUCAAAAAGUGUGAAGAUUUUAAAACACAAGCAGAUAGUGACACUAAUAAAGUAGGCCUUGUCAAUACAUAUAUUACUCCAUGUGAUGUCAUGCAAAAUUCAGACAUAGUUUUCAAUUGCGUUAGUGAUCCGUACAAUGCCAAAGAGAAUGUCGUUGGUAAUUGUGGAAUCACAAAAGUAGGUGAUCAUCUCGAAGGCAAGGGAUACGUUGAAAUGACCAGUAUCGAUCCCCAAACAUCGAAGGACAUGUGCGAAAUAAUAAAAAGUAAAGGAGGUCGUUACCUUGAAGCUCAAGUCCAAGGUUCCAAAAAUGAAGCUGACGAAGGCAGUUUGGUGGUAUUAGCUGCAGGAGAUAAAUCGUUAUUUGUAGAUUGUCAGUCUUGUUUCAAAGCCAUGGGAAAAACAGCAUUUUUCCUUGGAAAUGUUGGAUAUGCCACGAAAACGAAUUUAAUUUUGCAGCUGAUGAAAGGUGUAGCCUUAGUUGGUUUGGCUGAAGGAUUAUCACUAGCAGAUAGAUGCGGCAUUUCUUCAAAAGACGUUCUCAACAUUUUUAAUCUUACCAAUCUUGCAUGUGGUUAUCUUAGCAAUAAAGCAGAUCUCAUUAUCAAAAAAGAAUUUAAACAUGUCGAGCAAGCCAUCAAACAUAUGCAAAAGGAUAUGCAGCUCGCUUUAGAUUUAUCCGAUCAAUUAAAGCAACCCCUAUUGAUGACAUCAACUGCUAAUGAAGUUUACAAACAUGCUAGGAGAUUGGGAUAUGACGACUACGAUUCUUCUUGCGUGUACAUGAGGACGAGGCAUUAGUUCGGUCAUGAAAUACAUUUUUUUUUAAUAAUUUUGUUAUUGUGAAGAUCUAUUGUAUAUUGUAAUUUUUAUGGAAGGCUUUUGUACCGCAGAAAUGUUUACAAUAUUUUCGGAUUAGAUUUUCUAUUAAAUAAUUUUCUUCAUAAAAUAAGGAGUUCAAUUAAUUUCAUCAAUAAAAUGUCCGGAAAAAAUUUAGAUCCUAUACAUUUAAUACAUUAUAUAUUGUAUUGUAUAUUGAUCAAAAACAUUUUUAAUUAAUUUCGACAUUCGAUGUUAUUUUGAACAAAUGAAUAAAUCGUUAUUAAUUCCAGAGACGCCCAAAUUAAAAUUUUGUUUAUUGAAUAUAAUUAAAUUUUUUGUAGAACAUUUCAACAUUAAUAAUAAACGAUAAGCCUCUUUUUGCCCCUAAAAGGGACAAAAAGGGUGUAACAAUUAAAGAAAAUGUAAAUAAUUUAAAACUAUCAAUAGUUUGUAAUUUAUUCGAAUCAUCGUACACACAAUGAAUGAAUUUCUAGUUUAAUGGGAAUAUUAGGCACACGUAUUAAAUAAUGAGUUUUUUGUUGAAUAGAAUUAUGUAUUAAAUUUCUUACAAGGAUUUUGAAUGUUUUUAAUAUUGACAACAAAUGUUCUUUCUGUAAGUGAGCUUCAUCAAUUAUGGUAUUUGAAUGGUUUUGUUCUUAUUUUUUGACCAUUUUAUGGGUUUUUCAAAACUUAGUUUCAUACCGAUAGUUGUUUGUAAUAAGUUGUAUUACCCAAUAUGUUUCAGCUUAUGAAAUAGAGUCUAAAUUUGAUCAGCUUAAUCUUUAUAUAUUUGAAUAAUUUAUUGAGAAUGAAUCAAUGAAUAUUACGCGUCAUUUUUGUAUUCAAUAUGUUGCGUUAUUAAAUUUUCUAACGCGACGAUAAUAAAUUGGACGAUAAUAUCAAUAUAUAGUUGAUUUAUAAUACUUACAAAAAUCUUCAUUGGUUUUCCAUUGUUGCUUCGCAUUUUUUCGAAUUUCGACACUUUUCCUCAAUAAUCGCUUUUUUCCUUGUUUUGCCAAAAUCUUUGUGAUUUUUAUUUGUUGUAUAUUUGAACGAUUAAUUGGCUUAGUGUUUCAUCAUUAUUCUCAUCGUCAUCAUCAAGCUAUUGCAGAUUAUAUCUAACGCUAAUGUAUCGAAAUUUGAUCCAUUCGUUUAAUUAGAUAAAUCCAAGUCUUUUCAUAAUUCUCUGUAGGCUCUGACUAUUCUGGUCAUCCUUUGCGACCUACAUUUCAAAUUCCAGUUAACGUUUUUUAUAUAUUAUGUCGUUUCUUUUUCUUCACGUUGCAAUCUGAGUGUUUGAUGAUUCAUAUAUUUUCGCUUUCUAGUUCAAAUUUUAUUUCCUUAUUACUUGUGUAUUUUACUGCUUCAUCUAAUUUCGUUUGUUCUAAUAUCUGUAGAUUAUUUUUUUGUAUCUUUCACUCGCAAAAGGCGUCCUAUAAUAUAAUGAGUAUAUAUUAUUGUUUAUUUCAUUUCCCUUCAUUAUCCUCUAUUCAAUUUCCUGUUUCUCAUCUUAUUUAUCACUAUUAAAUAAUUGAUGUAAGUGACAUAUUUCAUUCUAUGCUUCUCUGACUCGAUAGUUUUAUGGGUUUUUUCUUCUUAUAUACUUGUAAUUUGUGGUUACAUGGAAAACUGUGUGAUUUGUUAGAUACUGAAAGUUCUUAUUUUUGUUAAACUUGGGUUUAUCCAUGUUAAAAAUUUUUUGUAUGCUCUCUUGGUGCAUCAAAGCCUUCUUUGAAAUCUGCGAGUGUAUUACUGUUAUGUAUCUAAUUUUUGUUCCGGCCUGUAUAUUACACUAAUUUUCAACCUCCCUGGCUUUUUUCUGGGGUAAUUUAGAUAUACAUCUCUUUUGAUUUCCCUUCUAAAUUUAUGUUCAUUUUUUUAUUUUCUACCUCUUAUGUUUUUUUUUCUAAGUCAACACUAUCGAUAAUUUGAAGUUCAGGCUUAGGUACCAUCUAGAUUUUUUUAACUCUGAAGGUAAUUAAUUUACUUGCAUCCAGUAAAUAUAGUUUGAAAACCUAAAAAUUUUCUGUGAAUUACGUUUCAUCAGGUGCACUAGCUAUUUAUUUGUCUCACUACUGCAAUUUAAUUGAAGUUAGUUUUUUACCACUGUUUUAAAGAGUUUAUUUUCUAUGUGUUCACUACUUACAGGAUCUCGUUUCUAACGAAGUUUAUUUUCAGAUUCAUUUAAUAAUACUUAACGUGAAAUCAAAUACAAACUUCCAUAAAAAUUCAAUUAGUUUAGAAAUAAUUUUAUAAUAAUGACUAUAUUAAGUAUGGAAAAAACAGUUUUUAUAUAGAAAUCAAUAAUCAUAUUCGUUAGUUCAAUUAAACUUUCUUUAUUUUGGUUAUGAACAAUUUAAAUUGUUUAAUACCUGUAUAAUAUUUGAAAUAGUAAAUGAAUUUUUAUGUUUUAAUUUGUCCAUUAAAAUAAUAUUAUUAUAAUGUUUGGUUUAUAUUUCAUUCUUCAUAUAAGUACCCAAAGAAAUGUAAAUGUAUAAUGUUAAUAAAGUAAUCAAAUGAAAA